CUCGCCGUUAGCUCAAAGUGUUUUGUGGCGGUGUCCCAGGCGGCGCUGAGGGAGGGCUACCUCGAGGACACGCUGCGUCUCAUCCGGAGGCAGGACGUCCCGGGCCUGGCCUCCCUGGAGGAGGCGCAGGCGGCCCAGCGGCGUCUGGAGGCGCUGGCCACCGACGCCCUCGCCAGAGAGCCGCGCUUCGCCGCCCUGAGGAACAUGGCCGACAGCGUGGAGAGAGGAGGCUACCACAGCAAGGAGCGCAUCACAAGGAGAGAGGAGAACAUCAGCCAUCGAUGGAAGGACCUCCUGCAGCAGCUCCAAGAGCAGAGGGGGCUGCUGGGAAAUGUAGUUGAAAACCUCAGCGUGCUCCGAGACAUCGAGCUCGUCUCCCAGGAAGUGAAAGAGCUACAAUCCCAGGCCAGUUCCUCUGAGGUGGGCAAGCAGCUGGCGGAGGUCGAGUCUCUCCUUCAGAAACAAGAUCUCCUGGAAGCUCAGAUCUCAGCUCACGGAGAAACCAUCAGCACCAUCAGCAGCAAGUCAAUGAAGGUGAAGGUGAUCGGAGGUCUUCAGAUUCAGUGCAGAGUGGCAGAUCUGGACUCUCAGUACAGAUCUCUGGUUUCUCUCAGCAGCAGCAGGAGGCUUCAGCUGGAGGCCCAGCGGAGGCUCUUUGACUUCUUCUCUGACUGUGAGGAGGCAGAGUUCUGGUGCUACGAGCGCCGGCUGAGGAUUCAGACCGCCGGACUCGGACGAGACCUGAACCACAUCCAGCUGAGCCAACACAAGCACAAGCUGCUGGAGGCGGAGCUUCAGGCCCAGGAGACUCUGCACCGGGGGCUUCUGGGCCGCGGGCGGGACCUGCUGGCGGACCAGAGCCAGCCCAACCGGCACCUCGUCCAGAGGUGGACCCACACCCUGGAGAAGCAGUGGAGCCUCCUGGGCCACGAGGCGACGGGACGCCGCGACCGACUGCAGGCCGCCGCCGCCAUCAAACAGUACUUUGCCGAUGUGGCGGAGGCCGACUCCUGGCUGGGCGACAGGAAGCCGCUGCUGACCAGCGAGGAUCACGGGAAGGACGAGGCGAGCACGGCGGCGUUGCUGCAGCGCCACCUGCGGGUGGAGCGGGAGAUGGCGGCCUACGCCUCGGAGAUGAAGAGGCUGGCGGAGCAGGCGAGGAGCGCCGCGCAGCUAACGCCUCUGACUGCGGAGCCUCAGCCAAGCGAGAUGAACCAGCACAGCGACUCGUCCGGAGGCGAGGAGGCUCCGGGAGAGGCGACGCCGUCGGCCGGGGGAGGGAGGGGCUCCGGGACGACCGCCUUGCACAGUGAGGACGGCGAGGCCAAGCUCCGCUUCAGAUACAGCAGAGGUCAGUUUCCGUGGGAUCGCGACGAGGUCGUUCGCAUCGUCGGCAGCGAGCCGGACGGAGACCGACUCCUGGCCAGAGACGCCCGAGGACACCAGCAGCUCGUCCCCAGGAGCUACCUGAGCCUGCUGCCAGCCCCCGCUCCGCCCACCUCGACGGGCGGGAGACCGAACCGGCCGAGGCGCAGCCGCUCAAUGCGCCGCGUCACGGCCGAGAUCCAGACGCCGUUGCUGCCGGACCCGCAGUACCGUAGGGAGGCGGUGGAGAGCACGCAGGCCGCGCUGGACCGGGACUAUGGCGCUCUGCUCCACCUGCUCACGACGAAGACGAGGAGCCUGCAGGAGGCGCUGCGUCUGCACCGGUUCCAGAGCGGCGUGCAGGAGUUCGAGGCGUGGAUGGAGGAUAAGGAGAACGUCCUGGACGCCUUCAGCCCCGACGCCGACUCCCUGGCAGCCGCUCAGGCCAAGUACGAGAACUUCCUGACUGAGCUGGCGAGUGGGCGUGGCCAGCUGGAUGACAUCGUCCGAGUGGCGGAGGAGCUGGUGACGAGCCGGCACAGCAGCCGGAGGGAGAUCCAGGACCGGCAGCGGAGGGUCUCCGACAGGUGGAACCGGAUCCAGCGGCUGAAGGACCAGAAGGGCCACGAGCUGCUCAGCACAGCCGACGUUCACUCCUUCCUGCAGAGCUGCCGGGAGGCUGAAGCCCAGCUGAGGGGUCGGCUGGCGGACCUGGACGUGGUGGACCUGGACGUGGUGGACCACCACCGCGGACCCCUGCAGCUGGCUUCAGAGGAGAAGAACCAGAACCAGACCCUCAGAGACAUCCAGGCCCUGGAGGCCAAGAUCGCUUACCUGAGGGGCGAGGCCACCAAGAAGCAGGACUGCAGUCCAGCAGAGGCCGCCGCCAUCGGGGAGGAGGUCCGGGGUCUGGAGGCUCUGCUCCAGCAGCUGAAGCUGCAGGCCGCGGACAGACGGCGCCUCCUGGAGGCGGCGCGCAGCCUGCAGGGCUUCCAGCUGCAGGCCAAGAUGCUGCAUCACUGGGCCGCCUCGACUCAGGAGCGCCUCCUGCAGGAGGAGGAGGCCUCCGACGUGACCUCGGCCCUCGCUCUGCUGGAGCAGCACCGGGAGCUCCGGUUGGAGAUGGAGGAGCAGAGGAGCAGGUGGAAGGAGACGGAGGAGUUGGGGAGGUCCCUCGGGAGGGGCUCAUCGGACGGGACCACAGGGGGUGUCGACGUCCGGAGCACCCUGGAGAAGCUGGAAGCCGAUUGGUCCAAACUGGACGCGCUGUGGGCCAGCAGGGGGGCGCGCCUGGAGGAAGGGGCGGAGCUCCAGAGGCUGAACCAGGAGGGAGACCGCAUCGAGGCGGCGCUGUCGGGGCACGAGACCCGUCUGAGGGUUGAAGACGUCGGGGACUCGGCGGAGGGGGUCUACGCUCUGCUGGGCCGACAGGACGAGCUGGAGGGUCUCCUGAAGGUUUUGGACCAUCGGGUGGAUCGGUUCGCCCAACGCAGCCGGGAGCUCGUCCGCCGGCGGCACCACGCCGCCACGCGCAUCGAGGAGCGGAGCGACAGCGUCCAGAGGAGGAGCAGGAAGCUGCAGGAGAGCAGCAGGAAGAGGAGGAGUCUGCUGCUGGACUCCAAGAGAUAUCAGGAGUUCCAGAGGGACGCCGACGAGCUGCUGCUCUGGAUAGAGGAGAAGUUCAAGGUGGCGGAGGACGAGUCCUACCGGGAUCCCACCAACGUCCUCCCCAAGCUGAAGAGGCACGAGGCCGCUGAGAAGGAGAUGCAGGCCAACCAGGUGUGGCUGGAGGGCCUGGUUCAGCGGGGGGGGGAGAUGCUGGCCCAAGAGCACUACGGCAGCCAGAGCAUCGGCAGGAAGUCCACUCUGGUCAGCAGCCGCUGGAGGAAACUUCAGGACAAGAUGGCUGACCGAGGAGACAAACUGAGGCAGGCGGGGCAGCAGGAGCAGCUGAUGGAGCUGCUGCAGGAUGCCAAGCUGAAGAUCGAGGCCAUCCAGUGGAUGCUCAGCAACGCCGCCAAGGGGCACGACCUCCGCUCCAGCCGGCAGCUCCUGAAGGAGCAUCAGCAGCUGGAGCAGGAGGCCAAGGACCUGGCGGAGAAGAUCAACUCCAUCGUGAGCCGGGCCAAGCUGCUCGCCUCCACCCACUUUGACUCCCAGAGGAUCCUCCGGGAGACGGAGGCCUACCUCACUCUGUUCAAGUCCCUCCAGAAGCCUCUGGACCGGCGCCGGGCUCAGCUGGAGGCCUCGGUGCUGCUGUUUGGCUUCCAUCACGACGUGGACCUGGAGCUCAGCUGGAUCUCCGAACACGUCCCCGCCUCGGGAUCCACGGGAUACGACAAGUCUCUGGCCGGAGCCACCAGCCUCCUGCAGAAACACAAGGAGCUGCAGGCAGAGGUGAACGGCCACCGAAAACACCUGAACCUCGUCAUGGAAAAGGGGCGGGGCUUGGCCAAGUCCAGCCAAUCGGACGAAGAAGAAGUGCUCCAGAGGUGCAAACACCUGAGUGCAGAGUGGGAGGAGCUAGAGGAGGCCUGCCGGAAGAGAGCGGCUCACCUGAGCAAGGCCGUCGCCAGAGAACAGCUGCUGCUGGACUGCUGUGAGCUGGAGUCCAGGCUGACGGAGACCCUCGCGCUGGUGACCACCGCCGACUACGGCAAAGACCAGCUGGCCACGCGAAGCCUCCUCACCAAGCACCAGGUGCUGGAGGGCCAGUUGGAGGUGCUGGAGGUGGAGGUGGAGGAGCUGGGAGACCAGGUGGAGGAGGCUGUUCACAACUGGAGCCUCUCGGAGCUCAGUGGGCCUCACGGUCGCCUCGGCAGCCUGAACCAGCAGCUUAAGCAGCAGGCGGCACUCAGGGGUCAGAGGUUAAAGGAGGUGCUUCAUCUGCACGAGUUCAGAAGAGAGUCCUCUGAGUUUGAGGACUGGAUGGAGCAGCAGAGACAGUGGGCGGAGUCUCAGGACCUGGGCAACGACCACCAGCACGUCCAGAUGCUUCGGGGGAAGUUUGAAGGUUUCUUCCAACAGCUGGAGGUCGGAGAGGAGCGCCAGCAGAGCUGCAGAGAUGUUGCUGCUCCGCUGCUCCACAAGAAGCAUCCCCAGAGCUCCGAGGUCAGAGAGACGCUGCAGCAGCUCAGUGCAUGCUGGGAGGACUUGAGGAGCGCGGCCAGCGAGCGGCGGGACCGGCUGCAAAGAGCCGAAGAGUGUCACCGCUUCUACCGAGACCUGAGCGAAGCCCGAAGCCUGAUCCAGGAACGACAGAAGAGCAUCCCCGACGGCGUGGCCAAGGAUCUGAGCGGUGUGACGUCACAGCUGAGGAAGCACGAAGCGUUGCUCCACGAGCUGGCAGCCACGGAGCAGCAGUUGCAGGAGCAGCUUGACACCGUGGACUCCAUCCUGGAUCUCUGCACGCCUCAGCUGAAGCUCCGCCUGCAGGAGGUUCAGCAGGAAGUGGUGGAGCGGUGGGAGGAGCUGCGACUCCACGCCGAGCAGAGGGAGGAGGAGCUUAAAGUGGCGUGUCAGCGAUACCUGUUCCUGAACACGGUGCAGGACUACUUCCUGUGGUGCGGCCAGCUGAUCGGGGCGAUGGCCGCCGAGGAGAGCAUCAGCGACGUGGCCGCCGCCAACCUCCAGCUGGCGCAGCACCAGCAGCUGUGGGCGGAGAUGGAGGCCCGAGAGGAGACCUACCAGCAGGCCGUGAGCAUGGGGGAGGAGUUACGGGCGCAGGACACCAACAGGAAGGAGGUGCUGGAGAAGCUGGAGGCCCUGAGGGAGGAGCGCCGCACGCUGGAGGAGCAGUGGAAGCAGAAGAAGAGCUGGCUGGAGAGCGUCCACCUGGAGCAGGUCUUCUACCGGGACGCCAACGCCGUGGACAAGACCUCCGGCUCUCAGGAGUUCCUGCUGCAGAACGGCACUCUGGGCGACGCGGUGAGCGAGACGGAGGGUUUGAUCAAACGCCACGAGGCCUUCGAGAAGCUGCUCAGCUCGCAGGAGGACAAGCUGUCCUCUCUGGAGGAGAUGGCCGAGCGGCUGAAGGAGCGUCUGAGCGCUGAGAAGAGCGGGCGGGUCCAGACCCGACUCAAGGCCCUCCUCCGGCGACGCCAUCGGAUCAAGGAGCUGUCUGUCAAACGCAGGGAGGAGCUGGAGCUCUCCAGGGCGCUGAGCGUCUACAGACGGGACGUCGCCGAGGCCGAGGGGUGGGUCUCAGAGCGGAUGCAGAAGAUGGCGGAGGAAAGUAAAGCCGACCUCACUGAUCUGCGGGCCAAGAUGAAGCUUCUGCAGAAACACCAGGUGUUCGAGGCGGAGAUCCUGGCUCACGAAGAGAUCAUUGGUGCCGUGCUGCAGGCCGGGGAGGAGCUGGUCUCCCUUCGCCACCAGAGGUCCAAGGAGGUGAAGAGGAGCGCGGCCGCCCUGCAGCUCCACUGGGAGGAGCUGAAGAAGGCCUUAGCCAGCCGAGGGAAAGCUCUGGAAGACAACCGGGACUUCCUGGAGUUCCUGCAGAAGGUGGAGGAGGUGGAGGCCUGGAUCCGACACAAG